AUCGACAAAAAUCGCAAAAAUUGGACCAAAUUAUUGGGAAAAGUCAGAAAUUAUUCUGAUGUGGAUUAACGGUGACGACGGGACCCAUAAUGGGGGCUGCACUGUGGAAAUCCUUGUUCGAAUCCGGCAGCUCCAUUCACUUAAUUUCCUCGGCUUGAAGCAUUAG